AUGUAUAGUAUCCCCUAUUAUUCUGCACUUGUGGCCGCAGCGCUUCUGCCCCUCACCCUUGCACAGCCGUCUGUCGUUGUCGAAGACACACCUCAAGUCCCGUUUGGAUGGCAUCUUAAAUCAAAGGCCAACGGCAAUGAGUCUCUCAGCCUCUCCAUUGCAUUGGCCCAGCCAGGUCUGGACGACUUGGAGGCCUUUAUGCUCGGUCAGCCGACCCGGUCGCAAAGCACAGCACCUGCUAGCUUUCUCUCGCAGUCGCAGCUGCUCGCAUAUCAGACACCACCCGACAGUGCUGUACAUGCCGUGAUGGACUGGCUCGCAGAUAACCAGAUUCAUGAUGCACAGAUCGAUGGGCCCUGGAUACGACUCAACACGACGGUCGCCAGUGCAAGACGUCUGUUCGAGGCAGAUGUGGCGCUCUACUCCCACGGAAACGCGUCUCCCGUUCUGCGGGCUCCCAGAUACACCGUUCCAGCAUCUCUCGCCGAUUACAUUGACUUUGUGUUCCCCUUGGCCCACUUCAUGCCUCCCCGGCCGACCCCCCUCUCGACAGACCAGGCUCAGAUUCGAGGAUUUAAAUACUCUGCAAAUAGCUUCACCAACGAGACUUGUGAUUCUGGCCUCAGCAGCCCUACCUGCAUCAGGAAGCUAUACAACUGGCCCCUGAAUAUCUCGUCACAUCAGACGCCCUCCCCGGUGCGUCUGGGAAUUGCCGGCUUUCUUGGGCAGUACAUCCGAUAUAACGACGUCAAAGCGUUUCUGCGCUUGUUUGCGCCUGAAAUCGCAAGCUCUGCUCCGGAGUACAGUUUUAACGUCGAGCUCAUCAACGGGGGCAAAAACCCACAGAGCGGGCUAAGUCUCGCCGGCACUGAAGCCUCGCUGGACGUGCAGUACGCCAUGGCACUGGCGUUCCCGGCCCAGAUCACCUACUACAGCACCGGGGGGAUAGCAAGAAAAGUUGGGCCGAAAGGGCAGCUCUUACCGCCAGAAGCCACUGACAACGAGCCGUACAUGAGCCUUUUGACCUAUUUGGUGGGUCUUCCAGACCACCUCGUGCCGCACGUCCUCUCCGUCUCAUACAGCGACGACGAGCAAUCUGUGCCGCGGCCAUAUGCAACUUGGGUUUGCCGCCUAUUUCUGCAGCUGGCCUCACGAGGGACAACAGUUCUCGUAGCCUCCGGAGAUGGGGGCAGUCGCGGCAUCGGACAAGAGUUCUGCUUGCGCAACGACGGGUCCGGCGAGCGCACGCUGUUGCCAACCUUUCCGGCAUCGUGUCCUUGGGUCACCGCCGUGGGUUCCACUAACAAUAAUCCGCCGACUCAGGCGUCGGGCUUCAGCGCUGGUGGCUUCAGCAACUACUUUCCACGCCCACGCUGGCAAAACGGAAUGGCCAGCAAGUACAUCUCUACGGUACUACAAGGCAGCAACAGCAUCAGCGACAAAGAGGGCCUGUACAAUGCCAGUGGUCGUGCCAUUCCAGACAUUGCCGCAGUAGGGUCUGAUUUCCCCAUUGUAUGGGAAGACUUUACGAUCCCCAUUUCGGGCACCAGCGCGAGCACACCUGUGGUCGCGUCUAUGAUUGCCAUGGUCAACGAUGUACGGCUGCGGGCUGGCCGGCCGCCACUAGGCUGGCUGAAUGGAAAACUCUACUCUCACGGCUUACAGACCGUGUAUCAAGACAUAGUCGACGGCAUCAGCUUCGGAUGCCCUUUCAAUCGGAUAGAAAGCGUGUCCGGCUGGCCUGCUGCGCCUGGCUGGGAUGCGGUAACCGGACUCGGCGUACCUCACGACUUGUCGUUGCUGAUGGACGCUCUGGUCAAUGCAUAG